AUGGCCGUGCUGAGCACAGACCCCACGGUGCUGGGCAAGUACCGCGCCGGCUUCAGCGAGUGCAUGAACGAGGUGACGCGGUUCCUCUCCACCUGCGAAGGGGUGAACACCGACGUGCGCACCCGCCUCCUCAACCACCUCUCGGCCUGCCUGAGUCAGAUCGUGGCCAUGAACUACCCACCACCUCCUCCUCCUCCUCCUCCUCCACCCCCUCCGUCCAACCAACCCGCACAUCUGGCUCAGCAACCCCUGCCCGUGCCCUGCAAACUCAACCCCGCCGAAGCUUUAUCCCCCAAAGUCUACGGGGGUUUCCAGCUCGUCCCCGCAACCGACGGCCAGUUUGCUUUUCUCAUCCCCAAUCCAGCUUUUCCACCCAGCUCCGGACCGGUUAUUCCUCUCUAUGCCAACGCCAACGUCCCGGUGUCUGCCGGUGGUGGCUCUGGGAACCCGGUCACCCCCUCGGCAUCCCCGGUGCAGGGUUUGACAUCCUUUGGGGGCAGCAUCGUUCCAGCAUCCCAGGCGGGGAGUCCCAUCGCAGAGCGCACUGAAUCCGUCUGGAGGCCUUGGUGA